GCUUCAAUUGAUCGCUUGGUCAUGGAUUCGAGGCAGAGACGCUCCUUGGAUCCCUCGGGGCGCCUGAACAGUACGCACACCAGCAUUUACCUGAACGGCAGGAUACGGGAUACUGACAGGACAAAAGGCAAGCAGAUGGCCUCUGAGCAGUCUCAGAACGUGCGGCCGAGUUCUCGCCUUCAUACGCUGAACGAUGGCGUCCAUAUACCUCCUGAAUACAGGCACAUACCCGGACAGGUCAAAGACUCUGAUGGAGCGCAGAGGAGCUCGAGUGCAGCCGCAUCUCCCUUUGUGAACCCGACCUCGACUCUCCUCCAGAACCUCAUCAACGAACAACGCGCCUCUCGUGGCCCUCGAGCCAGCUCGGCUUGCGAACAGCAUCAUGUCGAGAGCAGUCUCCAGGCCUCUAACAAUGCUGGAACUACAGACCAACAAGAGGACUCGUCCUCUGAGAAGCAGCGCAAGAUUAACCAUGCCCUGUCAGCUGGCCUCAAACAGCCCCGAGAGAUGGGAUUUAGGGAGAUGGAUCAGUAUGUAUCAAAAUUGAACAAGCUGAACUUCGACCUAAAGCUUGAGGUUUUCCACCGUGCGCAGCAAGUAUCUGCACUAGAGAAGAAGCUGGAAAAGAUGGAUGAGCUCGAAGAACAGGUCCAGCAUAUGGAACUCAUGGACCAGGAACUACAGGAACUUCGCGCCACGGAAGAGGAUAACCAGCGUCUCAGGGAGUCAAACGAGGAACUCAGGUCAGAACUCGACAAGCGAGACCAGGCCGUCAACGAAGCUGUCGAGCUCAUUUGCCAGCUGGAAGCGAAGUUGGAAGCCCUCGAGGCCCAGAGGGAAGAGGAACGUCCUCAGACCGCCAGGCCCUACUCCGGUGACAGUACAGCUGCCGUAUUUACUUCCAGCUCGCCCCGGGCACUCACACCCAAGAACAAGAUCAUCCUAGAUGUGCCUGAGCGCACAUCUUCCCGCAGGGAUAAACGACCGUCGAUGUCUCGUAGCUACUCCAACCAAAUGGAAGCUCAUAUUCAAACUCCUACGCCUCCUCCAGGCGCUACUAGGCGUCCUCAGCGUCAGCCGUCCUUUCUUAAAGGAGAGGAUAACAAUACCAGCGCAUUGAGGAACGUAUAUAUGACGGAUGCAGACAAGUCUCGAACAACAUUCAAUGCCUUUUCUGUAAGGGGAACAGAUGACGGAACGCAUGAGAUGGAGUCUCCCAGGUUGAGCGCAUUGAGUGAAUGCAGCUAUCUAGAUCCACCACAAAGCCCUUCAGAUGCCUAUGGACCAGGCCGUUCAAAAUUAAAAGUCAAUACUGACCUUUCUUGCGCAAAGAUCCCUAUAGAUGAGCCUCUAUCUCCUCUAGAGCGCUCUCACAGCACAUCUAAGCACCCACCAGGCAUCACACGUAUCGAACAGUGGAUGCAGCCUGAUAGGAUGGAAUCGAUGAGAUCAUCCAAGUCCAAGGAAACCCGCCAGCCAGAUGCCAUUCUAAGAACACCAACAAACAACCAAUUUGCUUUGCCUGGGGCUAAGCAAUCUUCGAAGGGAUAUAACUUUGAUCCUCCGUCUUUGGUCAUUCCCCAAUACAAUGUUGCCAGACUCCCUCCUACGCCAGAUACAAUGAGCACAACCUACGCUGAAAUGCGCAACAAAUCCAACUCGAGCAUCAUUGCCGAGCGAAGUAGAUAUGAUCGUUCCAACACUAUUGGGCGCACACUCUCGAUUGACCGCACGCUUGGGCGCCGUCGAUCUGCAAAUGACGUCGCUACCACCAGGCCUAGUACAGCAGAAACGGUGUUGUCCGAUGGGCUAGAGACAUGGAGCGAUUCUACUCAACCAGCCUUCAUCACAGAUGAAGAGUAUCAGAUGGCAAGCAUGUUCCCUUCCUUUGCGUAUACACAUCGUCCAUCUACCCGAACCUUUGACCCUGCCGCCCACGCCGGAGCCGUCAAUGAGUUAGGUGUAAUUAUACCCAAGAACAGGGGCCGUCACAGUCAUGAAAAGACUUCCCAGGAACAAAUUCGGAAGGUGUCCAAUGCCCCAUCCCUUACUCCGGAGGAUUGGCUGGAGGCUGCACUGCCUGCGUCUUCCUCUAAUGAAGAUAAAGACAUCAAGUCAUCUCAGCAUAAGCCUUCAGAGCCAAUGGAGCACCGCACAGCAUAUACACAGCAAACACCUCCUUCGGGCAACGGUUUCCGCAACCGAGGUGCCCGUGUUCUUUCUGAACUUCAACCCCGUCGGCGUAUCAACCUGCGUCCUCCAUUCUUCAACAAAAUCCCUACGUAUUCUCCUGCGCCCCGAAGCAACUCCAUAGCAGGCCUUAGUUUAUCCACCGGACAUUCACCAGCAUCGGUCUCUAAGAAUCUGCAAAACGAUCAUCACCCAGCCCCGUCACCGAGUAAUAAUGUAGGAGGCACAACGCGAAGACCAAAGACUUCAGAAACAAAUGAUCAUAAACGACGCAGUUCUCAUGGGUUCUUUGGCUGGAUGAAAGGUUCCGGCACCGUCAAGGAUGCUGAUCCGUCUCUAACUCCGCCCGCCACUGCAACUUCUGUUCUAUCAGCGUACGCUCACCCUGAGCUAGAUCAGCAGAAGUCCCCUUCAUAUACCCAGAUGCAGAGAACGCCUAUUCGAGGAAGUGCUCGGCCUGGGUCGGCACUCGCAUUCACAAAUGAAUUCUCAAGCUCCCCUACCGAAAUGGACCCGCUCUCUGCUUCAAUGCAUGCAGAUGAACCAUCAGAUAGACGCUCACGCUUCUCCGUCCGCCGACCACGCAGGUGA